AAUUGAAAUUUUAGCACAUUAGUAUAUAUGUUCAUAACUUCCAAAUUCUCAGGAUGGAUGACGGGAUGCAAACAAAGCUUAUUCAACAGGGACAAGAAGAUGAUGAUGACUUGAAACGAAGGAUAUGGAUCGAAUCAAAAAAGAUAUGGAGGGUCGCCUUGCCUGGUAUUAUAGCAAGGGUUUGCGCUUUUGGAACUAUUGUUGUCACUCAGUCAUUCAUCGGACAUAUCAGUGAAACAGAUCUUGCUGGCUAUGCACUUGUUCAAGCACUUAGUGUUCGGUUUGUCAAUGGAAUACUUUUGGGAAUGUCGAGUGCAACUGAAACCCUUUGUGGACAAGCAUUUGGAGCCGGACAAGACCAUAUGAUGGGUAUUUACUUGCAACGAUCAUGGAUUGUGGACUUGAUUACUUUGACCAUCUUGCUCCCAGUCUUCAUCUUUGGUACACAAAUCUUUAUGCUUGUUGGCGAGGAAGAAUCAAUAGCAAACAGUGGUGGAUACAUAUCCUUAUGGUUCAUCCCUUUUGUAUACAACUUCGUUUUCAGCUUGACCAUACAAAUGUAUCUGCAAGCACAGUCAAAGAACAUGAUCAUCGCAUGGAUUUCAGUUUUCCAAUUCACGGUCCAUAUACCUUUGUCGCUACUUUUUAUAUAUAAGCUGAACAUGGGGCUCUCAGGUGCCAUGCUUGCACUGUCGUUUUCAUCUUGGUUCCUUGUAAUUGGCGAAUUCAUCUACAUUUUUGGAGGAUGGUGCCCGCAUUCAUGGAAAGGAUUCACAGUUGCUGCUUUUAAGGAUCUGUUACCUGUUGUGAAGCUCUCAAUAUCCUCUGGUGUGAUGGUCUGCUUAGAGUUAUGGUACAAUGCUUUUCUGGUCUUACUUGCUGGAUACAUGGAAGAUGCCGAGGUCGCAAUAGCCGCCUUCUCCAUUUGCCUGAAUAUUAACGUAUGGGAGUUGAUGAUAAACCUCGGUUUCUUAGGUGCAGCAUGUGUUCGGGUGGCAAAUGAAUUAGGAAGAGGAAACGCUAAAGCAGUGAAGUUUACAAUAAAAGUCUUGUUGGGGACUUCCAUUACCAUAGGCUUAUUCUUCUUCAUUCUUUGUUUGACAUUUGGAAAAAAACUUGCAUACUUGUUUACAAGCGAUGCCAGGGUUGCAGAUGCAAUAUCGGAUCUCUCUUUUCUUCUUUCUUUUUCGGUAUUGUUGAACAGUGUAUAUCCAGUACUAUCAGGGGUGGCAGUUGGAGCUGGAAUGCAAGGAGCUGUAGCAGUCGUGAACUUUGUUUGUUAUUACCUGAUCGGAAUUCCGUUGGGAGCUUUACUUGGGUAUACGACGACUCUUGAAGUUAAGGGUAUAUGGAUUGGACUGAUUGGUGGUGUUCUAACACAAACAAUUACAAUCGUAUAUAUGAUUUGGAGAACAGAUUGGGAUGAUCAGGUCAAGAAGGCUUCAGACCGUCUCGGUCGAUUUUACUUAAAGUUGAAUGAAGAUCCCCACCUACAGAUUUCUAACGAGUCAUGAUUAUGAAAAAGGUUAUGCUUGUGGUCUAAGGGUCGGGAUAUCAUGUCCACCGAACACGUAGGGUUUUGGUUGUUUAUAUCAUCAUCAUUUUUCAUUGUAUUAUUUGAG